AUGUACAGCCAGCGAUUUGGCAUCGUACAGCGGGAGGUUAAGGGCCCCACUCCCAAAGUGGUGAUCGUGAGAGCCAAGCCUCCCCAAGUUCAUGGGGCUGAGCAACAUCUGGAAAGAAUCCAACACAGCCAUCAGAAACAUCAUGCUAUUUUGGCUUCUAUUAAGUCAAAGGAGAGAGAUCGCUUGAAAGUUGAGUGGGACCAGCACAAUGAUCGCAAGUUUGUGGACAGUCUUGUGAAAGCAAGAAUCAAGGAUGCCAUGCAAGGUUUUAUCAUCAACACUGAAGAAAGACGAAAUAAGCUACGUGAACUUUUAGCAUCAGAAGAAAGUGGGUAUUUUACUGAAAUGCAGUUGAAAGAAGAAACAAUUGAGGAGAAAAAAGAUAGAAUGAGAGAUAAAACCAGAUUAUUGAAAGAGAAGAAAGAAAAAGAGAGACAAGAUCUCGUGGCUGAAAAACUAGACCAGCAAUUCAGAGAACGCUGUGAGGAGCUCCGUGCUGAAUUGUUUUGUAUCCAUCAGAAGAAGGUGUGGGAGGAGCGAAAAGCACAGAUAGCUUUCAAUGAGGAGCUGAAAAGGCAGAAACUGGUGGAAGAGCAGAUGUUCUCAAAGCUCUGGGAGGAAGACCGAUUAGCCAAGGAAAAGCGAGAAGCUGAAGAGGCGAGGAGGCAGAAAGAGCUGGUGGAGAACACACGCCUGGGGCUGAAUGCCCAGAUCACCGGCAUCAAAGUGCAAAGGCAGGCUGAGCAGCAGCUGAAGGAAGAGGAGGCACGCUUUGUGGAAAAUAACAAAGCACAGGUGAAACUUGAGAACGAACAGGAUAAGCUAAAGAAACGGAAGACAAAACAGGAAAUUAGAGCUGCUUUGCAAAAAGCCCUCCAAGAGAAGAUAGAACAUAUUCAGCAGAAAUACAGAGAAGAGCAGGACUUGAACAUGAAGCUCGUGCAGAGGGCUCUUCAAGACUUAGAGGAAGAGGCUGAUAAAAAGAAGCAAAAAAGAGAAGAGAUGGCAAGAGAACAGGAGAUAUAUCGUCAGUAUGUGGCUCAGCGGCGUGAGGAGGAGAGAGCUCAGGAGAAAGAACUGGACAGAGUAUUAGAGGCAGAGAAGGAAAAGAAGUUGGCUGAGGAGGACAAGGAGCUGAGACUUGAAAAGGAGGCAAGGAGACAACUUGUGAAUGAGGUCAUGUGUACAAGAAAACUUCAAGUUCAGGAAAAACUGCAACGAAAGGCAAAAGAACAGGAAGAGCGUGCUAUGGAACAGGAACGCAUAAAUGAAGGUCUUAAAGAGCUUAACCGUGAAGAGAAGGAGAAUUUUGCAAGGCGCUCCAGUUUGGCCCAGGAAUACAGGAAGCAACUUCAGAUGCAAAUAUCCUACCAGCAGCAGGCCCGGGAAGCGCAGAAAGAAGAGGAACGCCGAGAGUUUGAAGCAGGGGUAGCAGCAAACAAGUUUUGCCAGGACAAGAUCAGGGAGAUCCUGUCCUUCCAUCAAGUGCUGCCCCGAAACAUUCAUCCCAUGCGGAGGGCAUACCCUGAUAAGCUUCCACCAUAGUUUCAUUAAUGUUAAUGUAUUUUUUCUCAGUCUUUUAAUGUUUUUAACUACAGUA